AUGCCCACUGCCAGGCGCAAGCCAGGCCGGCGGCACUGUGGGUGGGUGGGGUCAGAUGAUGGGUCUGGUGUCUACCAGGGGGAUUCCAGGAACUCGGCGGCAGCACCACCAGUUCCAACUGCCCUGGAACCUACUGGGUUGAAUCUCCACUCCUGCGAAGGCCACCAUGUGCUGCAUAUCAGCGACCUGGAGAUGUCCGAAGAGUUGGCUUCAGAAUUAAUACCAUCUGACCAUCCAAGGGCAAGCACGAUUUUUCUGAAGAAAUCUCAAAUGGAUGACUGUCCUCUGAACUCUCCUCCCCUGGCAUAUCGACCCCCUCAGAGGAGGAACAAGGGGGCCAGAGAACAGCCUCACAGGACUCCCACACAGGCCCUUGCACCACCACUCCCUCAGGCAUUAAGCCCUCAGGAGAAUGAGGUACCUCUAAGUCACCUUACUGAAAAGUACAGCUCGUGCUCAACAAUAUUUUUAGAUGACAGCACAAUUUGCCAGCCUAACCUUGGAAUCACUGUACAAUGCCUGGCUUUAGCAAUCUAUUACCACAUAAAAAACAGAGAUGCAGAUAGAUCCAAGGAUAUUUUUGAUGAAAGGUUACAUCCAUUCACACAAGAAAUGGUUCCAGAGGAGCACUUCAGUCGUGACCCUGACCCUGACUUCAUUUACAGGUUCAUCAGUCCUUUCUUCAGUGCCACACAGCUCAGAGCUGAAUACGCAAUAACGACUUUGGUUUACUUAGAAAGACUUUUAAUUUAUGCUGAGAUUGACAUUUGUCCCACCAACUGGAAAAGAAUUGUUUUGGGAGCCAUUAUUCUUGCCUCUAAGUAUUUACACGAUCUGGCUAUAUGGAAUGCAGACUUCUGCAAUAUCCUCAGGAGCAUUACAGUUGAGGACAUGAAUGAGAUGGAAAGGCAUUUUUUAGAUCUACUAGAGUUUCGUCUUAAUAUUUCUGCCAGUGUCUAUGCCAAAUACUAUUUUGACCUUCGGUCCUUAGCAAGGGACCAUGGACUGCCCAUUGUAUUUGCUCGUCUUCAAAAAGAAAGAGCACAGAACCUAGAGGCUAUUUCCAGAUAUUGUAAAAACAAGAACCCCUGCAGAGUGGCUAUAAAAAAAUCUAGCAGUGCUGAUAAUGUCACCAAUAUGCAGCACGCUAAUGCCAUCCUAUCUUAAAGGAGCAAUGAGGGGUUGUAACAUGCUGAGCCCCUCAUCUACAAUGACUGGAGAAACAUCACCUCUCCUGUUCGAAAACCAGCAAAACUAGAGUUUCUCACAAGGGAGAAAUGAGGGGUUGUAAUAUUAUAAGCCCCUCAUCUACAAGGAAGAGAACUAACGAAUGUAUUACCUCCCCUGCACAAAAGCAAGCAAAGUUAGUAUUUCCUCUUUUAAGGAGGAAAUGAGAGGUUGUAACAUCAUGAGCUUCUCAUCUACAAAAAGAGUCAAGACCUGGAGAUAGAUCACCUUUCCUGCUCAAAAACAGGCAAAGUUGGUAUUCUUAUAAACAAAGGAAGAGUUAUAAUGUGAACCCUCGUGUACAAGAACAUGGACUGGAGAACUAUCACCGCCACUCCUGCUCAAAAACCAGCAAAGCAUUUUCUAUCUUAAGAAAGAAAUGAAGGGUUGUAACAUCAUGAACCCCUCACCAACAAAAAGGAGAAUUGGAAAAAUAGCACCUUAUUGCUUAAAACCCAGCAAAUCUGUCAUUUUCUCUCUUAGGGAAAAAAUGAGGGGUGGUAUGAUAUCAUCAAGAGCCCCUUAUCUACAAAUACAAGGACUGGAGAGAUACCACCU